UCCACGCAGCCGUCGGGCGGGGCACGUGUCCCGCCGGCGGGAGGUUUGGAGUGCGUGCAGGAGAGUUGCCGGUCUCGAACUUUCGGCGGUGGAGCUGAUAGAUGACCUAGGGCCACACCGAGUCAUCUUCCCUCCUGAACCUUCGCCGAUGGGGCCUCGGGGCCCGACUUGCGCACCUGGCGGGAAAGGCGGAAGGGAAGCAGCCUGGGACUGGUCUCCCUUGGAAGCACUGGGUUGAUGAAAUGUAUCAACUGGAAUCCACUUGCUUUUGGAACUGGGAUCAGCACAAAGACAAUAUAUUGGAUGGCUAGCAAACAAGCAAUGUCAUUUCACACACAAGGAAGACUAUUGUGUUAUAAUGGGGAAGUCCUUGUUUUUCACCUGAAGGAAGGAGAUUUUGCAGAUAACAGGCCUGCAAAUGGAUCCAUAUUACAUGUCAGAAGAAUGGUGUUUGAUGGCCAAACAAGAAAGUUUAUUCUGAAAUCCACUGGUUUUUUUAACAUGAAGGAGAAUCAUUCCAAUUUAAAAAUUGUGUCUUGCAACUCUGUGUCAGAUUUCAGAACUGGAAUUAACCUCCCUUGCAUAUUGAUACAAAACACAGAAUACAAUAAUGUUUUCAAUUAUUAUUUAUUACUACUUCAUAGAACCAACAAAUUUGAAAGGUGUUUGAGUUUCAAACUAAACUAUGAAUUGAAGAAUGACUUAUGGGUCCUAAAUGGCCCUCUGGUUUUUUGGCAACAUGUGAAAACAUUCUUUUGUGUCUCUUCCCAAGUUGAGAAAGUUACUAGUGUGUCAGUAAAUUUUUCCUCUAUUAAGUGGAUAGGUGAGAUUGAAAAUAGAGGUAUGGUUUUAUUAGGACUAACAGAACAUUUUUCAUUCGAGAGAGGAUCUACUCCAGAGCAUUCAAAAUCAGAUUAUGCAGUGUGUAAUACCAAAUUUUGUGCUUAUGCUCUUGAAAGUCAAGAAAUACUAAGUGAUAGAUACAUUGUCCCUCCUAUUUAUAGUAGUAUAGUAACCUGUGUGCAUGUCUGUACAACUGAGAUUGUCAACAAUCAAUUAAGAAUGUCCCUGAUCAUCCUUACUCAAAAGAAUCAACUCAUUUUAUUUCAAAAUGGAAGUCCUAAAAGUGUGUGCCAUCUUCCAUUUCCUGACCCCUGUGCAGUUCAAGUCCUAGAUUCAGGUAAAGGAAAGCUCUUUUUCAUUGUGUCGUUUAGAUCCAGUGAUGCUUGUGCAGUUUCGGCGAAGACGUUCCAGGUUGUUGCCAAGUGGGAAAAACUUAGCUCAGUGCUGGUAGAUGACUUCACUGGAGCUGGAACUGAGCAGGUGCUACUUGUUUGGGCAGACUGUCCAAGCUCAGAUCCACUGAUAUCAUUUAAAAUAACAGAUAUUAUAAACUACUCGAGUGACCCACUGGAUUAUAAGGGAGAUGCUUUAAUGGAAGGCCAACAUGAGAAUUGUUAUUUGGUGGUUUCACCUUUGGAAGUAAGAUGUAAAGCUGAUUUUACUUUCAUUCGUGGAUUAAGGCAGCAUCUCUUGCUUCAGGAAAAUAUUAUUGCAAAAUCUUGGAAAGUUUUGAUAAAUUUAAUUCAAGGAAAAGAUAAUAGUACGUCAAGUGAAGAGGAGGAAUCUCUUGUUCCAUUUUUUGAUGAAGAAAAUUGUGUUCAUGCUAUCGAUGAAAACUUACCAGACAGUAUUCAAGACCCAGAAGUUGUAGUUGAGAAGAUGUGGUGCCACGUACUGGAUGAUAGCUUCGUUGUCGGAGUGAAAGUCACAUCUGUGAAACUAUCUUCGAAUGAUGUGACUUUAUCACUGUUAAUAGAUCAAAGCUGUGGCUCCACGUUUCAGCUUAUUAAAUGUCAAAAUAGGGUGAUGAGUACAGAUUGUUUCCCAGAGCCAUACUUGGUACCUUGUGAAGAAGAUCCAGAGGUAAAAAGGAUCAAGUUGAGUGCUGAUAGCAAGGGAGAUGAAAGCCAUUCUUGUGGGCAGCCAUUGAAGAAAGCAUCUGUGUACAUCAUCACUGCUGUGGCGUCUCUGCCACCUCUACUGGCAUUCAGUAAAUUUCAUUGCACUGUGCUGCUACACAUUAGUGAGAGAGAGAGUGAUGGAUAUGCUGAAUCUCGUUGUAUUCCUUGUGGCAGACUUCAUCUGAAGCUGGAAGAUCUUUCACGUAGGAAAUACCUAUUGACAUUUCCAAAAAAGAAUUCAAUCGAGAACAUGGAAGAUCUUUUUUCACUUCUCGCAGUAUUGCACAAAUCUUGUUUUUAUGUCACAUCACCUCACUAUGCCUUGAAUCUAAUGAAGAUAUGGCUUUUGGAAUACAUGAAAUGUGAAGUCAUUAGAGAAUUUCCAGAAAUAUACUUGUAUAAAAAGCUGGGAAAUUGUUGCAAGAUCCUCUUACACUGGAAACAAAGAACAGCGUUUGAAGGAAUCUUAACACUGUAUUGCAGGAGUCAACGAGUUUUGCUGCAGUGCCUUCAUGAUCUCAACAUAGCUCUCCCUGUAAACUGUUGUUUCAGAUAUCUGAAAUUCGGAAGUGAGGGUUUCCUAAUUGAUCAUUUGGCAUCGGCUUUGGAAAGGGAACUUGUUACACUAAGUUCUCUUUCUAUGUUGGCCUCAGAUCAUGUUAGAAGCAAGUUCGUGCAGGAGUGUGAAGCAAGCCAACAGCAACAUAGUGCUUUGUCUCCAACACCAGCCAGAACAGAGGUUCACAGAGAAAGGGCUGUGCUGGGCACCAACCUUAAAGUGAGUGGUACAGCUUUUACAGAGGGUACUUUGAAAUUAGCUGAGACUGAGCUGAAAUCAGACCUCAUUGCAAAGAAACUAGCCUAUUUAUAAUUGUAGUGUGUUUGUUUUACAAUGUUGCCACUGCUGUAAAGUUUCUUGUUCCACUUGUCACAUGCCUCCUUUGUUAAUUAUUAUAAUAAUUAAAGCUGAUUUUAAUCAA